UUACAACAAAUUUUAAUAGGGGACCAGUUAUAUUUAAAGCUGUUGAAUGGAACAAAAAUAGAAAGAGUUGUUCUUCCGAAUUCAAUUCUUUUCAAAACUGAAUUAAUCAUUAAUCAUGUCAGAUUUUACGCAUAGCGUCGUUUUGUUUACCGGAGAUGAUGGAUUAUCUUUGGAAUUUAAUGUCCGUAAUACAAAUGAAAAAUCUCAUUUAAAAGCUUUAAUAGAACAUGGCGGAGGUAUUUGUACACAAAAUGAAAACUCUGUGCACCUAAUAAGUCCUGGUACAAAAGUCUUAAAUGCUGAUUUGGGUAAAAAACUUGUUAGCUCCAGUUAUAUUUAUGAUUGUGUCAAGCGAAACUAUUUAUUAAACGUGAACGAAUAUGUAUUCACGAUAUCAGAAGCACAAACUAGUGAUAUCAGUGACGAAGAUAGUGGACUAUUCGCUCAACGUCAGUCAACAUGCAAGUCGCCUAAGAAAAACAUUCCAACGAUGAAUGUUGAAGUUAGUCCGAUAAAACAACCUAAUGUUAGUAAUGAGACUACACCCUCGAAUUUAACACUCCCUUCGAGUAACAGUGCAGUGGCACCCAUUUGCAACUCAUCAGAGAGUUUUGUUGAAGGUAGUCAAGAUAAUUCUACCAGUUACAAAAUAACAUCCCACGUUUACUACGGCAAUGUAAAUAAUCCAGCUAACGAAAAAAUCAAAACAAAGGAAGGUUUGCUAGAAAAUUCUGAAGAAUUCAAUCCCUCCCAAUCUCUUGUUUAUCCAUCAAAUCCAAAAGACUUAUUAAGGGGCAAUAUUAAAAAUACUUUGAAUCUUUCUUCACCAUCAAAGCCAUCAGACUUAAUAAAUGUUAGUCCUUUAAACCUUUGUUCGCCAUCAAAGCAAGCUGACUUAAUAAAUUUUAGUCCUUUAAACCUUCGUUCACCAUCAAAACCUGCAGAUUUAAUUAAUAUUAGUCCUUUAAACCUUUGUUCACCAUCAAAGCCAGUUGAAUUGAUGAAUGCUACAAGAUCUUUAAAUCUUCAGUCUUCGUCAAAACAGUCGGACUUAUUGGUUGACACCGUGGAGAACACGUCAAUUCUUCAGUCACCAGCCAGAAAUAUUCCCGAUGUUUCAGCUCUUCAGCCCACUUCUCCACGAAAUUCCAUGAAAACGCAAAAAGAAAGAAUUUUUUCUUCCCCUAAAAAGCUAAUUGAUAUCUCACCCAUAAUGCGAGCUGAUACUAAAAAAGUCAACAAAAAUAAUAUUAACCAGCGUUUAGAAUUACCCGUAAGGAAUCCCUUUCAGGAAAAAACUGACAAUGUGCUGAUGGAGGAAGAAUGUGGGGAAAAUUCAGAAAGAGAUACCGAAAUCAACAUUGAUAUGAACAUAGGUAUUUCCUUGCCUGGAAAUCAGUUAUUAUCUUCUGCUUCACCUAUAAAAAUUACAGAUUCCUGUUUUGAAAGUCAGAAAGGAGUGUCGAAUGAAGCUGAAAUGGCACACAAUGCAUCAGCAGUUGUUUCAAGUUCUCAGCCAGAAGAUGGGUUAGAUAAUUUUGAUAAUAUGCUGUUGAAUAAAGCACUUCACAAACCACAGUCUGAGGAUGAAGAAAGCCUUUCUCAGACUUGUACUGUUAGUAGCUCUGCCGAUGCUCAAGUCUCAUCGAAGCCUUGCUCUGCUGAAGUUAACAACACAACACAAGAUAAUCUCCCUGAUUCACCUAACUUUAUUUCAAGCCAAGUAGUAAAUGAAGAAGAGUACAUUAGAAAUUUGGCAGUUGAGGUUCAAGAAAUCCUUGAAAAGCCACCACCUAGAACCAUCCAGGACAAGAUUACGCUUGUGAAAUAUGUCUGCUGUGUCCGUAAACUUACGCCAAAAACCGUUUUAGACUCAUUGUUAACACAAUCUGAUUCUUUAGAUCUAUGACUAAAGUGAUGUCUUCAAAAAUAUAAGGCCUUGUGCCUUCCAAUAUUUUUGCAAAUAUAAUUUGUUAAUGUGUUCAAAACUGUUCAUCUUUCUGUUCAUGUACUAAAGAAAUAUGUUUAAUAAAAGAAUUAAUUAUUAAAUCUA